AUGAUUAGUAAUAAGGAUGAUGCUUAUGAGUGUUUCAAUUUAGCUUGCAAGUAUAUGAAAAAUGGGAAUUUUAGUCAUGCAAAAAAUUUAUUUUUAAAAGCAAAACGAAUGUUUCCAGAUAUAGAUAUAACAGAACAAUUAAAAACAUGUGAAGACGAAAUAAAUAAAAGUGAACAUAUAGGAACUGAAAAAACUACAUAUAAUAAUAAUAAUACUACUAGUAGUACAUUUAGUAGAGACUCUACAAAUAAUUUACAUGAACGUUUCAGGAAAAAAGAUGAAUGUUUAGAAAAAAUAUUAAGAACAAAUAAUUAUUAUGAAAUCUUAGGUAUACCAAAAAAUAGUAAUGAUGAAACUAUAAAAGCUGCAUAUAAAAAAUUAGCUAAAUUAUAUCAUCCUGAUAAAAAUAAAGAUAAAGGAGCUGAAGAAGCUUUUAAAAAAGUUUCUAAAGCAUUUCAACAUCUAAUAAAUAAAGAAAAAAGAUAUGAAUAUGAUAAUAAUAUAGAUGAACAUGGUCAUCAUACUACUUAUAGAACAACACAUUAUUAUUAUAAUGAUGAUACAUUUACACCUGAAGAUUUAUUUCGUAAUAUUUUUGGUCUCAAUUUUGCAACCUGUAAUAAUACAAACUUCAGAACACAUAUAAAUUCAAAUAGAUCAUAUACUAAUAAUAAUAAUACUAAUAGUGCUAAUAAUGCACAACGAAAUUAUUCUUUUGUUCAAAUAUUAAUAUUUUUAAUCAUGUUUCUUAUAUUCUUUUUGUCAAGUCAUUUUGAGCAGCCCAAGGCUGUUUAUUCUCUUCAGAAAACAAAUUAUUUUGAUACAAUAAAUUAUACCUCAUUAAACAAUAUACGGUUUUAUACAAAAAGAACAUUUAAUUAUAAUUAUCCUCGAAAUAGUCAUUCACGUUUUCAAAUUGAGUAUGAAGUCGAAUACAAAUACUAUGAGCAUGAAUGCCAUAUUUUAACAAAGAAAAUAAAAAAUGAUUACUAUAGGGAAAAAUCUAAAUAUCAACAAAAAAUAAAUUAUAAAGACAUCCCUGAAAGUUGUAUGAAAUUAAAAACAUUAGAAGAACAAUACAAUAACUAUAUUUUAAAAUUAAAAAAGAGAUGA